AUGAAGAGAACGUUCCCCACCUUGAGCAACAUACAGAAGGAAUUAAAGGCUGCAAUAGGGUACGAUGACUGUAUGGGACACCUUUGUGGACUUUUACAUGAGUUGGAUUUCGCCUACCGUAGAUGUAAAUCUUGUAGACAGGUACUGAUGGAGAGAAAGGAUGUUGUCAUGGCACGUAUCAGUUACCUGAAGACGAUAAGGAAGGCACGGGAAGAAGGAGAACGGAUAAUUGUCCUACACUGUGGAAACAAGAAUGGGUUCCUCAAUGGCUACGAACUCAUGUUUAAGGCCAAAUCGAAAACCGGGGACUACCAUGAUGAGAUGAACAAGGAGAACUUUACAAAGCGGCUGGAGACACAGUCUAUACCAAACGCACCAGCAGCAUCGGUAUUGGUCAUUGACAACGUUCCAUACCACAGCGUACAAGAGGAUCGGUUACCGACAAUGGCUAAGACAAUUGCGCACAUCCAGCAGUGGCAACAACGGAAAGGUGUGCAAUACUCCAAUGAUCUGCAAAAGCGACAGGUCAUCGAUCUCUGCAAAACUCACCAGCCGGCGAAACCCAUCUUCUCAGUAGAUCAGAUUUUGACUAGACAUGGACACUCUGUGAUACGGUUGCCACAAUAUCAUCCAGAUCUAAAUCCAAUAGAACUCAUCUGGGCUACUCUGAAAGGUUAUAUUGCCAGACGAAACUUAAGCUUCAAGAUGACUGACGUGGAGCGCCUCAUCCAGGAGGGAUUACAAUCAAUUUCAAGGGCAACGUCGGCGAACUGCUGCAGGCACGUGACAGAUAUAGAGGCACGGCUCUGGCGGGAGAACAUAGCUCCAUCUGAGAAAGCACAGACUCCGGUGUUGAUCGCACUGAUCGGAACUGACACUGAGGCUACUGACGCAGCGGAUGAGUCUACUGACACUGCACCUGGUACAGUGACAGACACGGCUCCAGAAACAGAGACAGACACGGCAGAUGAAAUUUGA